UGAAAACCGUUUGUGAUCAAGAAAAAUGGCGGAAAAUUAAAUGCGCCGCAUACUCACAUGUUCUGAAGAAAAUAGUUGAAAGUGAGAAGCCUGAGACCAUGUUUCGAACGAAGCAAGACGUCGAUAGACAUGCUGCAAAUGUGCUGGGAAGAAUCAAGAAUGAAAAGGAGAAAAACUCAAGAGGCUACCAGAUAGCAAGGCUGUAUUUUGAUGUGUCUGAAUAUGAGAUUGCUAAAAGGUACCUGUCAUCAUUCCUGAGUGUGAGGGAGACGGUGCCUCAGGCACACAAGCUCAUGGGACAUAUCUUCCUUAAGACAAAUGAAAAGGAAAAGGCUUUGGAAUGUUACAAGAGGGCCCUGGAGCUUGAUGGCACUCAGAAAGAUUUGAUCAUCAAAAUUUGUGAGCUGUGUACACAGGUGGCAAUGGAUCCAGAGCGAGCUCGGUUCUGGCUGGAGAAGGCAGAGCAAACCUGCCCCGGAAAUGAUGUUAUCUUCAGACUGAGGGAGAUGAUAGCCCAGAACAGCGGUGAUGAAAACUUCCAGGAACUUGAAAAGCUCAUCACAGCAGAAUUGACACAACGCCCAGACGAUGUAAGUCUACGAGUGAAGCUGCUACACUUGUACCUGAAGUCAGGGAGGCUUGACCAUGCUUACAAUGUGGCUGUCCAGACUGACCGCACCAUGGCUUUCACAGACAGUCUGGAGUGGUAUGAAACUCUUCUGGAUGUCUACUAUGCGUACAAAGGGAAGAAUGGUUGCCGUGGAGACCUUGAGUUCUAUACUCAGUUCCUGCACACUGUGAGGAAUGUUGUGUACCUGCGUCUUUGUUACAGAGAACUUAUUGCUUGUGCUGAGAUUCUACACCAGUUUGACCAAGUGCUUCAGGAAGCUGUACAGAUUCCUAAGCAGCAGGAUGACUGGAUGUCAUUCCUAACUGAGAUGACCGGCCAGUUCUUCUUCUCCUGUGGCACACUGUUGCUGAAAAGAGCCCAGAAGGGUGUACUGUCGUGGAAGGAUGUGAUCCCCCAGGCUUCAGUGUGCUAUCUUCUUAACAACUCCAUCCUCACCAUAGACUCACGAUCUGAGUGGUUUGUGUCAGCCAGCAUGGACAAGAAAAGCAUGUAUGAUCAUCUGCACAUGAUCAGCAACUUCCGGCAGCCAGGGAGUUUUGAAGGUCAAGGCCACACCCUACAUGCACUGGGUAAAGGAGACACGGCAACAUGGACUCAGAAACUGAGACAGCAAUAUUGCACACAACAAGGUCGAGAGAAGCUUUACGACACCCUCUUUACCCAGCCGGAUAUGAGAGCAAAGAAAGAUAGUUCCUACCUGAUGAAGAACCAGAUCUACGAGGAAAGUGUACUCUUGUUUCCCACCCGGCCCCAGAUGCGAUCCUUUGACUUAGGCUGCUACAGGCUCCACCCACACAGUCUUACCAGCUUCAUUUGGCUAGCACUCCAACGGUACUCCUGUAAAGACAAGGCUCAGCCUUACUACGGCUUUGACAUCUUUGAGAAUUGUGUGUACAGUGUUAAAAACAUGUCUGUUGGUGGGGCCGAGUCCCUGUGUCAGCUGGACACAGAUGUGUUUCUGAUUGCUUCAGUUCGCUGUGCAGCAUUGAGACACCAGGAGAUGAUUCACAUGGGUCACACUGACCCCACACAGCCGGACUUUCUACCCCUGUGUCUGACAAAACCACUUUGUUCUCAGGAGCAGGCAGACUGGUGGCUGGCAGCUUAUAAAUUCCAUACAAACACAGUCAAGGACAACUUUUCCAAGAUGCGUCACACCCUGCAGAGAGGGAUAGAAACUGUCCGUCUAGUGGCUAGUCACGGGAUGUCCGUCAACCUGAUCAUCCACAUAGCCAGAUCACUAGAGGUGAAGGCCACGGAGAUGAAGCAGUUGGGGUCGGAGUUGACAGUGAAGGCAACUGACACUGAGACCAGAGCAGAGUUCUACUGGGAGCAGGCACUGGAAAUGUUGAGCCGACUCGAAAAGAACCGGAACCCCCCAGUGCCAAAGCACCGACUGUUCAAGGAUGACACAGACCAGGACCUGGAUGAAGCCAUCAUCAAAGUGCUGAUGUCCGAGGUCCAGUAUGCCGUUGGUUGUUCAGCCAUGAAGAAGCACAAGCAUGAGGAAGCUAUCAACAUAUUUGACAAACUACACACACCAUAUGCUUCACUCAACUCAGCAAAGAUAUACAAGGUUCUAGCAGAGCAGGAGCGAUCUCGGGACGCUCCUGUAGGACGGGAACAACACCAGAUUCUCUUAACAAAAGCUCGGGAUGCCAUUUUCCGUACUUUUGACCUUCUGCAAGGAGAUAAGAAACACGAACUGAACAAGUCAGUGCAGCGGCUUCUGGAUGAUGUUGAGUCACAGUUGCAGUGUGUGUCAGAGUGGGAUGAGGAUGAGGAGCCAAGUCAGUAUCACACUCCUACAGCCAUCCAGCUGGAUGGAGACGUGUCAUCCCCUGACCACAGCACGCCCAGGGAGAAAUCCAGGACCAAGUCUCCAGCAGCUCAAGUCAGCUUCAACACAUCUGAUGCUAGCCGACACAUCCGACCAAGUCCAGAGCACAUGGAUGCCAAGAUCCGCUCCUUGGCCUACUCCCAAGAGUCCUUGGUUAAGAUGGUGCUUGCCCGCAAUGAGGAGCUGGUCAAGAUCAACAGCCAGCUUGUGGAGGCCCUGAGGGAGAACAGGGAGGUUAUCACACAGCUUAAGUCCCAACUUAACUUGAGCCAGAAGUACAACUACUCCAGCCUGUCUACCCCAGGACCUCACAUGGCCUCACCCUACCAUCCUCAAUACCCCCCUCCUCAAGGAAUGGGUCCACCUCAGUUUGGAUACCAGAUGCCUAGUCCAGCAGGCUUACCUGGCUACAGACCUCCAUCCCCUCGUUCACGCAGUAGGACCAAUCUCAUGGGACACACUGGCUUCAUAGGCAAGGAUGAGUCCAAUGUUGUUGAAGGGGAUGAUGAUGAUGAAAAUCCUUACUUCAUCGAUGGAGAGUUCUUUGAGGAAAGUUUAGCCCACCCUCAUGGGCAGUAUUAUGUGCCAGACUCACAUCUUGAAUGGCCGUAUGGAAACAGGGCGGGCAUUGAGGGAAGUUCCACAGUAACCUAUGCACCCCAGAACAGACCUCCGAUGCCUCAAAGUGGCUUCUUUGCCUCAUCUCUGAGGGGACAGUCGAUACAGUAUGGUCAAUCUAACAUAGCUACAUCGAUGCCAGGUCCAGGAUACUUUUCCUCACCCCAUGGCCUUACUACAGCAUCUGCAAUGAACCAGACACCUUCCUUAUAUGCUGCCAUCAUGGGCAAGGAUUCUCCUCACAACAUAGGAGGAAUACCUGCACAGAUUCAGUCAGGAGUACCAAGUCCUGCUGCUCAAGCUAUUCCUCAGUAUCUGGGCCAGCCAGCAGCACCACAGCCCCAGCCUCCACCUCAGCAUCAACCUCAACCUCAACCUCAACCUCAGCCUCAGCCUGCUACAACCCUUGCAUCACAGAUGGCUCAGAAGCCAAUCUUCACAUCAGGAAACUUCGGGGCUGGUGUUAAGACUGCUUCAACACCUCUUACCAAGGGGACUAGUUCUCAGGCAGUCCCUACUCCACCUCAACCUUUUAGUCAGAUACCACAAGCGCAGGCUCAGAAUCUUGUUAACAGGGCUGUGACAUCAACCAUUUCCCCCAGUGCGUCCACUGCUGAAGUUGUUUGCAUUUUCCAAGGAAAAGCAACCUACACAUCGAAGAUUGGUGCCAAGCAGGAAGGAAAUGUCAAAGUGUUUUUCUUCGGUGCCGAGAAGGGUGGUCGGGUGAGGAUGGAGACUCUAUCAACAAACCAGAUUAUUCUCAACCAUGAUAUCAAUACACUGAAGCUGGUGGCAUCCUUCACCCCAACGCUAGUCACAUGGAAGAGACCCCAGCAUGACGGGAAGGGAGAGGAGACUGUUAACCUGAAUUUUGAUAAUGCUGAACUAGCUCAGAAAUUGAAGUCAGUUCUUCAGAAAAUCCAGGAAGCUGGCAAGAAGUCUGAAGCUUCACCUCCAAAACCAGCUGUGGCAACUCCAUCACCAUUCACCAUAUCAGGGUCUCAGGCCUUUAAACCUACUACGACACAGACCCCUACUGGAUCUUCACCUGCAGUGUUUGGCCAGGCUCAGACAGGAAUGCCUGCAUCAGCUGCCCUUGCAGCCCUGUCUGCCAAACAAGGAGAGGAGAAGACUGUCCACAAAUCAGCCCAAGCCUUUGCUGGGUUUACCUUUACACAAACCAAACCCAUGACUCAACAAGCUCCAGUUACAGUUGGACCCUCAUCUGCUUCAGCUGCUAGCUCUAUUUUCACUCUUGGACAAAACAUUGGAAGCCCCAUGCCUAGUUUUUCUAAUCUUGCUGCCAAUACUUCAGCAACAGGAUUCUCUGGAUUAAAGACAACCCAUGACUCCCCAAGCAAGGGAGAAGAUGAGGAAAGGGUUGAGGAAUAUGAACCCAAUGUGGACUUUAAGCCAGUUAUUGAUCUGCCAGACUUAGUGGAAAUGAAGACAGGGAAGAAGAUGAGGAGAAGUUGUUUGGGAGAGGGCAGGCUGUUUAGGUUUGAUGCUGAUACCAAUCAGUGGAAGGAAAGGGGCAUUGGUGAGGUAAAGAUUCUGUACAAUAAGGCUGCCAAACGCUAAUACCUAAUUCUGAUGAGAGAGCAAGUUUUGAAGAUUUGUGCUAAUCACAACAUAACAAAAGACAUGAAACUGCACUCAAUGACCAGCUCUGACAGAGCUUGGUGUUGGUCUGCAAUGGACUUUGCAGAGGAGGAAAUGAAAAUGGAAAAAUUGGCCAUCAAGUUCAAGACUCCAGAACUGGCUUGUCAAUUCAAAGAAUGUUUUGAGAAAUACCAAAAUAUGUUAGAAGACUCACCAGUAAAACCAAUACCUGAAGCUAUAGGAAGCAGUGAGGUAGCUGAGAAAAAGAGGACCCUAAGGGGAAAGAAGUCUUUAGCAGACAUGUUCAAGCCUAAAACUGGAAGCUGGGAAUGUCAAGGAUGCUACUGUGUGAACAAGGGUGAGCAGCUGAAAUGUCCAGCAUGCAAUACAAUCAAGCCAGGUGCUGAAGAGGAAGUUAAGAAAGCAGAAACAGCCAAACCCAUGCAGGUAUCUCCAGUGGAGGCUUUAAAAUUGGUGAGGGAGGAUUCCAGAUUGGUGGAGCAGCAGGAGGGGAGGCAAAACCAGCUAAAAGUGAGCCAGCAGAUUCUACCACUGGAGGCCUCCUGGCAGAGAUGCUACAGUCAAAUGAUCCUCAGCCUAAGACAACUGCAGCAUCUUCAGCAGCUACAUCCGGUUUUCCUUACUCCCAAAUCAUCAGGAUUCAACUUUGCUUCUGCAGCUGAUUCUGCCAAGAAGGAUGGAGGCUUCCAGUUCAAUCUUGGAAAGGUCUCAACUCCAGUCAAGAACCAAGAAAAGAAAGAAAUCGGCUCCCCAUUUCAGUUCACCUUCAGCCUUACCCCAUCAAAGACUCCUCAAUCCAAGACCACUGUGACAUCACCCAAGUCUCCAGAGGGGGACUACUAUGUCAAUAAGGAAGGAGAGGACUCCCACAUCUAUUUUGAACCUAUUGUGUCUUUACCUGACAAAGUGGAUGUGAAGACUGGGGAAGAGGAGGAAGUUACCCGGUUUGAACAGAGGGCAAAACUCUUCAGGUUCAGUGAGGGUGAGUGGAAGGAGAGAGGUCUUGGCACUAUGAAGAUUCUGGAACACAAAACUUCCCACCGCUACCGACUUCUGAUGAGGCGAGAACAGAUCUUCAAAGUGUGCUGCAAUCAUGUGAUUACCCCUGAACUGGAACUCAAGCCAAUGGGCUCAGGUGAUGGAAAGUCAUGGGUUUGGUAUGCCAAGGACUUCUCUGAGGGAGAGGGCAAGGUGGAACAACUAGCUAUUAAGUUUAAGAACAAGGAGAUAGCUGACCAGUUUAAGAAAGUGUUCGAUGAUGGAAAAGCUGGUGGUGAAAAAGGUGCCUCUGCAGCUACUGAAGGGGAUGUGUCAGCCAAGCACAUUGAGGAUGUGCAGUUCCUGUAUAUUGAGGAGGCAACAGAGGAACAGAAGGCCAGAGCCAGAAAGUACCUGCUGCCAGAGUCAUUCUACCUCUAUGAAAACAAACCCCCCUGUCCGGGCUGUAUUGGCUGCGAGGACUAUGACCCCAGUAAAGUCAAUGUUCCCGGCAAGGUCAAAGCAAAAUCAAAAUCUGAGGAGACAAGUCCAGCACCUAGAACAACUUCAGUUAAAGUGUCAAGCAGUGCCAGCAGUGUUGCAGGCAGUGUUGGUGCCAGUGAAGGGUUCUCUAUGUUCGGUCACGCUUCAGGGAUGUCCUUCUCUACCCUAGCUGCACAGGGGGAUGCAGUUGGAUUUGCUUUCAAGAAAGAUGAAAACAGACCAUUCCAGUGGUCAGGAGCAGGUCAACAGAUCUUUGGGUCAUCUCCAGGUGGCAACAGGACCAAUGAUGGUGAUGAUGAUGAGGUUGCGCAGGGUGAUGACAUUGACUUUAAACCCAUCAUUGAACUUCCAGAACUAGUUGAAGUCAAAACAGGUGAAGAAGGCUGGGAGGUGGUGUACUGUCAGAGGUCGAAGUUGUUCCGAUUUGUGCGCGAUUCCAACCAGUGGAAGGAGAGAGCUGUGGGAGACAUGAAGAUCCUCAAACAAGAUGACAAAUAUCGAAUGCUGAUGAGGCGAGAUCAAGUACAUAAAGUGGCCUGUAAUCAUCUGAUAGCUCCCAACAUGAUCCUGUCUCCCAUGGCAACAUCAGAGACAGCCUGGUGCUGGACUGCUCAAGACUAUGCUGAAAACGAGGCAAAGAUUGAACAGUUUGCCCUCAGGUUCAAGACGGAAGAGCUGGCCAGACAGUUCAAGAAGAAGUUUGAAGAGGUUCAGGAGCUGGUCAGACAAACAGAAGCUGCAGCCCCAGCUAAGAAUGCCAACAACUCGGCAACUGAGUCCAAAAGUCAGGAAGUCUCUGUGACAGAGGAAGAAGAAGAUGAUGACGAGGAUGAUGAUGAUGAUUCUGAGGAAGAAAGCAUUGUGUUUGAGAAGAGAGCUACGUUGACAUAUUUUGAGGAUGAUGAGUGGAAGAAACUUGGAAUGGGCAACCUGAAGAUCCUGUACAAUGAAGAUCUGAAUGGAAACCAAAUUGACAUGGACACAGAUGACAAAUUAAAAAUCUGCAACCAUAUCAUUUGCCGGGAACACUCAAUAAGACUAGAGAUGCCGAAGAGAGCAUGUAUGUGGAGUGCCCAAGACUUCUCAACAGAUGAGCCAGUCAAGAGGAACUUCAAGGCAUCUUUCAGCUCAGUAGCUGCUGCGGAGGAGUUUGCUAAAUCUUUUAUGGAGGGUGUGAGCUUGGCCCGAGAUUCUGAGUUGUCCGAGCAGAUUUCACAUGAAAUGGAUACCCCAGUUAUAUUUUCUCAUGGUGAUGCCACAGGAGGUCAAUCCCGAAUCCUUGUUUGUCAAUCCGAAGCAAGCUCUGCAACCUCAAUGGGUGGCAGUAGCCAAUGUGAGACGAGGAUACAGCCAGGUUAUAGUGAGGGCAGCGAAUCAGCAGCCUCAUCACAAACAGGGGAGGGUGUGUCAGCCACUGAUGCUACCUCUGUUGUUUCAUGUUCGCCUGAGCUGUCUGCUCUCUUAAGUUCAUUCUUAGAGGAAGACCAGAAAAGAUGAAGAAAUAGGAAAUUGGAAUAUGUGUGUGCUAAAUGGAUUCAUAAUUCUGGACUAUAAAUGAAAGAUAUUUCUUGAUGUUUGACAACCUGGUGAAAAAGUUGGUUUUUAGUUGCAGAGCAACUCAUGUACAUUCUUAGUUGCUACGCAGUAAUGACAAAUCAUGAUAUGUGGUGCCUGCGUCCAUAACUGUGUGUGGAAUGUUUUGAAACUGAACAUGCAGGUACUUUGCCCUUACUGUACAUGCUAAAAAGGAUAAUUAUUUAAGAAUUAUUUACAUCUCUCAGUGUUAUUACACCAGUGUCUCAAAUGUAAAGUCCCCGCAUGGGCACAAAGUAUGAAGCCCAUUUCUGGUGUCCCCCCACCAUGAUAUUGCUGGAAUAUUGCUAAAAGUGGCGUAAAACUAAAAACUCACUCAAAUAUAAAUAAUUACAUAAGCAAGAUGUAGUAUUUCAAAUAGAUUCAUUUGUCAUCUUUUAAUAGAGUUUCGUUCAUUGUCCUUAAAAGAUACAUAGUGCUAAUUCAAGAAUGGUAUAUCUGGCUAAACAUUUGAAAUUGAUACAUAGAAUUAUUGGAAAUUACUGUAAAUAUCAGGUCACCAUCCUUAUUAACAUUUGUACUGCUUUGAAAGAACAUUGUUGUAAAUACAUCAAUAAACAUCCCUGUUGUUACUGUUUACUGAA